AUGGCCUCGUCGUCCUCGACCCCAGCCCGUGCUGGCGCUCCUCCCUCCUUGCCAGCGCCAUCAUCCUCGACGACCAACAACAGCAACAGCAACAGCAACAACAGCAACCACAGCAAUCGCCUGCCCGCUGUUCCUCCGCCGCCAUCGCCAUCGCCCCGACACGCUCCGCUGUCGACAUCCUCGUCCUCUUCCAGCUACUUUCCCCGACCUGAUCUAUCCGACUCUCAACACCAGUCUCGCCAAAAAGUGGCAUCUGGCAGAGUAUACGACCCCACGACCGACACCACCAAGGAGCGCAGGACAUCAGACUCCUGGCACAACCCGCCCCAGAAGCUUACGCCAAAGCCACGGGACCCCUAUCCGUACGAACGGAGGCCAGGCGACCAGCUUCCAUCAUCCUCGUACUACAACAACAACAACGGCAUCUUCACCUCGCCUCGUCAAUCGUAUGACAGAUAUCGAAGCCCGGUAUCCCAUUCCCACCCAAACCUACCCGUCGGCUCCCACAGUCCACCAUUGAGCCGGGUAACUCACAUGACGUCGCCAUCGCAAAGGCAUGUCCACACACCUGCUACAACCGCAACGCCAAAUGGUUCUUCAGUCAUGUCAAGCAUCAUCAAGAUUGAGCCCCGGGCAGCUUCGCCGAUCAAGACGCCCUCCCUUUCAGCAAAUAGCCAUAGUCGAUCAGCCGAUCCCAUGUCAUUCUCCACCAUCCUCUCAAGCGCAGAACCGGCCCCAAAGUCCGUCGUGCAACAUCGAGCUCCCACGCCUGCCCCGGAAGCUCAAGAGCAGGAGCAAGACCCUGAGACUGAAGUUGAACCUGAAAAAGAUGUCGAGACUGAACUUGAGGCCCUUUCCGCACAUAGGGCAGAGCCCAUGAGGAAAAAACCUGGUCGUCGUCUGACAAAGGGGCGAGCCUCCGAUAUACGAGAGGCUGAAGCCCCUAAAAGCAAGCGACGUCCUUCGGUCAAGAGAGAAUCGCCCCAACCUCGAUCUGCCUCGAAGCGCCAGGCAAAUGGCCAACCCAAACCUGGCAAAACAUGGUCCACCGAGAUGGAAAAGAAGAUUCAGAUUUCCGAAGCUCUGAUUGAAAAUGACACAUCCAGUCUCGACCCAGCCGAAUUCAACGAGCUCGAGUACAAGGAGCGUGCUCGCAAACGCAGACGCCUCAUGGCCGAUUUCGAUCUGGAGCAGUGCAGACUUCGUCGCGACGAUUAUACCAAGACUGCCAGCAGAAAGCUACUUCUCCAGUCUGAGCUUGGCAAGCGACGAUACGACGAUGUCUUCUAUGACCAGGCACUUCACGAAGUUCGCGAGCAGGAACUGUUUGCCGAGAAGGAGCGAAAGAAGGAUAUGCAGCGAAAGAGACGCCGCGAAAAGUCCAUGGCUGUUACCAUUGAGCAAAAGGAAGCUGCACUGGCCCGAGCCCUGGCGGCCGAGGACGAAUCCGAACGUCAAAAGCAUUUACGCGAUGCUGAACGUGCCAGCAAGAAGGCGCAGCAGACCAAGCUCAUUCUACAAAAGGGAAUCAAGGGGCCGGCUCGCAACCUGGAAUUGAACCUCGAGGGCGGCACCAUGUCUAGCUUCUUGGCCUCGGAUGCUGACACGCCAAAGAAGGGCAGGGGCAAGGGCAACCGCCUGAAGAAGACGAGAGAGCAAAAGAAGGCCGAGAAGGAGUCGGCGGAAGCUGCCCAGGCUGCUCUUGACGCAGGCAAGGAGCUCCCCCCCAAGGAGGAGAGCAAGGUACGCAUCAAGAUCAAGGGACGACCGAAAGACAAGGUCAAGGACAAGGAGAAGGAAAAGGAAAAGGACAAGGACAAGGACAAGGACAAGGACAAGGACAAAGCCAAGGACAAAUCCAAGGACAAAGACAAGGACAAGGACAAGGACAAGGGCAAGGGCAAGGAAACGGAGGCCGAGGAGAAGACUAAAGAGACCAAAGAUGUCUCCAAAGAGAAGAAGGACGAUUCUACCGACCUGGAGAAGAAGUUCUCCUCCAAAGGCUACAACCAAAUCUACGAGCAAAUCUGGCGCGACAUGGCUCGCAAGGAUGUCAACAAGACCUUCAAGCUGGCUGUAGAGUCGUACGGGACCAAGGGCUCGAACCUGAAGAAGACGGCCAUUCUCGCAUCAAAGGAAGCCAAGAGGUGGCAGCUGCGCACCAACAAGGGCACCAAGGACUUGCAAGCUCGCGCUAAACGUGUCAUGCGUGACAUGAUGGGCUUCUGGAAGCGCAACGAGCGUGAAGAGCGCGACUUGCGAAAGGCAGCCGAGAAGCAGGAGAUUGAAAACGCUCGACGGGAGGAGGCCGACCGUGAAGCUGCUCGACAGAAGAGAAAGCUCAACUUUCUCAUUUCCCAGACCGAGCUCUACUCCCACUUUAUCGGCAAGAAGAUCAAGACUGAUGAAGUGGAGCGCAGCACCGACAAUCCGGAGAUUGAGCAGGCGGCCAGUGAGAUGCCGCGGAACAAGCUCGACGUUGCUGAACCGACUGGGCCCGUGGCGGCCCGGGUCACCGAUUUCGAAAAUCUCGACUUCGACAAUGAGGACGAGUCACAGCUCCAGGCCGCAGCCAUGGCCAACGCGCAGAAUGCCAUUGCAGAGGCCCAGAAGAAGGCCCGGGCGUUCAACAACGAGGGCAGCCUGGACAUGGACGAAGAAGGCGAGAUGAACUUUCAGAAUCCCACAGGUCUCGGGGAGGUGCAGAUUGAGCAGCCCAAACUCCUCAAUGCUCAGCUGAAAGAAUACCAACUCAAAGGCCUCAACUGGCUGGUCAACCUCUACGAGCAAGGCAUCAACGGCAUUCUUGCCGACGAAAUGGGUCUGGGUAAAACCGUACAGUCCAUUUCCGUCAUGGCCUACCUGGCGGAAAAGCACGAUAUUUGGGGCCCGUUCCUGGUUGUCGCACCGGCUUCCACCUUGCACAACUGGCAGCAGGAAAUCGCAAAGUUUGUUCCGGACUUCAAGAUUCUACCCUACUGGGGCAGUGCCCCGGACCGAAAGGUGUUGCGCAAGUUUUGGGACAGGAAGCACUCGACGUACCGCAAGGACGCCGCAUUCCACGUGUGCGUGACGUCGUAUCAGCUGGUCGUCUCCGACGUGGCGUACUUUCAGAAGAUGCGAUGGCAGUACAUGAUUCUUGACGAAGCCCAAGCCAUCAAGAGCUCCCAGAGCUCUCGUUGGAAGUCCCUGCUGGGCUUCCACUGCCGGAACAGGCUUUUGCUGACGGGAACGCCCAUCCAGAACAACAUGCAGGAACUGUGGGCGCUGCUCCAUUUCAUCAUGCCGUCGCUGUUUGACUCGCACGACGAGUUCAGCGAAUGGUUCUCCAAGGACAUUGAGUCCCACGCGCAGAGCAACACGAAGCUCAACGAGGAUCAGCUCAGGCGUCUGCACAUGAUUCUCAAGCCUUUUAUGCUUCGUCGCGUCAAGAAGCACGUGCAGAAGGAGCUCGGCGACAAGAUUGAGCUCGACGUCUUUUGCAACCUCACCUACAGGCAGAGAGCCUACUACUCGAAUCUCCGCAACCAGAUCAACAUUAUGGAUCUUGUUGAAAAGGCCACCAUGGGUGACGAUCAAGACUCUGGAACCCUGAUGAACCUGGUCAUGCAGUUCAGAAAAGUGUGCAACCACCCAGAUUUGUUUGAGCGCGCCGAGGUCACGUCCCCCUUUUCCUUUGGCUACUUUGCCGAGACCGCCUCGUUUGUCCGGGAGGGCAGCACGGUCACUGCGGGCUACUCGACCCGGAGCCUGAUCGACUUUGAGUUGCCGUUGCUGAUAUGGACGCGGGGCGGACGUCUUGACCAAGCGUCGGGGGACAACGUCAAGGCUGGUUGGCGAAGCAAGGCGCUCAACCACAUGAUGAACAUUUGGGCGCCGGAGCAUGUGCAGAAGAACGUUGAAGGGCGGCAGGCCUUCUCUUGGCUACGUUUUGCGGAUGUGUCGGCGGGCGAAGCGUACAAGGCCACGCACGAGAGCCUGUUCACGCGGGCCGUCACCGAGCUGCAAAACAAGGACAGGCUGGGACAGAUGGGCGUCAUUUACGACGACGGAGACGGCCGAGACCAACACUUCACGCCGGCUCAUGCGCUGUUCAAGAUACAAUCUCGGCACAAUCGCCUACCGCUUGCGGAGGUUACGAGCCAAGGGAUCUUGAACAAGCUCAUGAACGUGGCGCGUGAGGCAUACCGCGACUCUGGGCUCGGCAGGUUGGAGGUUGCCGGCCGACCUCGAGCGUCCGCCCCGCCUAUCGAGGUGGCGUGCAACAGCAUCAGCGCGGUCAAGGAGCGACAAGACGUCCUGUUCAACGCGGGCAUGCGCAGAGCGCUGUUUGGCCCGAACUUUGUCGAGGAGAAGGCGCUGGUGGAGAACAAGGUGCCGCUGGAGCUGUAUCCGUCCCGAGGCGUGCUGCCCAAGCCCGACAGCGAGAAGAAGAGAUUCACCGACGUGACGGUUCCGUCGAUGAGGACGUUUGUCACCGACAGCGGCAAGCUGGCGAAGCUUGACGAGCUGCUCUUCAAGCUCAAGAACGAAGGGCACCGCGUACUGCUCUACUUUCAGAUGACUCGAAUGAUUGACAUGAUGGAAGAGUAUCUGACGUAUCGCAACUACAAGUAUUGCCGGCUCGACGGGUCGACCAAGCUGGAGGACCGACGCGACACGGUGCACGACUUUCAGACGCGGCCCGAGAUUUUCAUCUUCCUGCUGUCGACCCGCGCGGGCGGACUGGGAAUCAACCUGACGUCGGCCGACACUGUCAUCUUCUACGACUCUGACUGGAACCCGACGAUUGACUCGCAGGCCAUGGAUCGCGCGCACAGGCUGGGGCAGACGAGGCAAGUGACGGUGUACAGGCUGAUUACGCGCGGCACGAUCGAGGAGAGGAUACGGAAGAGGGCGCUGCAAAAGGAGGAGGUGCAGCGCGUCGUGAUCCAAGGAGGCGGUGCAAGCGUCGACUUUUCCGGCCGUCGCGCUCCCGAGAAUCGCAACAGGGAUAUUGCCAUGUGGCUGGCGGAUGAUGAGCAGGCUGAAAUGAUUGAACGACGGGAAAAGGAGCUUCUGGAAUCGGGAGAGUACGAAAAGCAAAAGAAGAGGGGCGGCAAGCGGAAGAAGGCGGAGGCUUCGGCCAGCUUGGAUGACAUGUAUCAUGAAGGCGAGGGUCAUUUCGACGAUGGUAACAAAGCUGGAGCCUCUGGCACAGCGACGCCUGCGGAAAGCGACAUGAAGGGCAAAAAGGGCGCACGAGGCAAAGGAGCAGGCAAGCGAGCAAAGACGGCCAAGCAGAGGCUUGCUAUCGCCGACGGCAUGGUCGAUGCAUGA